GAACCCGGGGGCCAUCAACGGGGUUCCUCGAGCAGGCGAGCAGCGUUCGUUCGAGUGAGCAAACCACUCCGCACACCACCACCACCAACACCACCACCACCACCAUUAGCCUCUCCCUCUGGUGAGGACUUUUCUUCCCGACUUAUAAGUGUGUGUCGUGCGUGUGUGUGUGUGUGUGUGUUUGCUUAGCGAAUCGUAGCACUACCCGGUUUUUGGAACCAAAGGCAACCGGCGCGCCGACCGUCACUCCGGCAAAAUCCUGAUUACGAUUCUCUCUCUCGAAAAAAAAAAACAACAAACAAAAGAACAAAACCAAAAAAAAACCCAGAAUCCGGAACGCCGCCGUGUCGGAGCAGAAGUAAAGCAGAUCAGAUUGCUUCGGCGCGCGUAGGCAGAGGCCAACCAGGGCAACCAAAAACCAAAGGGCGUCAACACUCACCAACACGCAUCUCCACCCCGCAACCCCCUUCCCCCUGCACAUCACCUACAACCAUCAUGCUGGCAGUCGGUUCGCUGCAUCUCUGGCUCCUGCUUAGCCUGGCGAUGGCGGCGGAUGGCGAUGGAACGUAUGGAACGACGACGACGGCGCCGCCACUGACGACGACGGAGCGUUAUGACGUGGAUACCGACGAGCUGUCGACGACGAUCAGCAGCCCGCAACCGACAACCGAGCAGUACGCCGAUGAGCUCCAGGAGCACGAUCACGACCGGGAGUGGGUGGACAAGGCCGCCUAUCAGGUGUACUGCCAGCCGGCGCUGUGCCUUCGCUACACCGGUGAGGGCGCGCCGGUAGCCAGGCGGCACGUGGCCUGCGCCUUCAACGGUUCGUUCAGUGCCGAGUGUCCGCCCGGUCGCAUGAUACUGCGGAUCGAUGCCCAGCUGCGCCAGUACAUCGAGCAGCUCCACAACGAGGCCCGUUCCCGCUUUGCCCUCGGUCUCACCGCCGGUGACACACUGACGUUUGCCCCCGCCAUCCGGAUGCCCACCUUGCACUGGGACGACGAGCUGGCCAACCUGGCGGAGAUACACGUGCGCAGCUGUAAGUUCGAGCAUGACGAGUGCCGCAGUACGGUGCGGUUUCUGCACGCCGGCCAAAACCUGGCGACCGGUUCGUUCUACCUCGAGCAGGACAUCUUCCGGAUCGUCCGCAACCUCACGAUGCUCUGGUACGCCGAGUACGUCGAUGCGGUACAGGAGGUGCUGGACCACUACACCCGGGAGUACAUGGCCACCAUCGGGCACUUUACGCAGAUGAUCUCCGACCGGAGCGCCAGCUUCGGGUGUGGCAUCGUGCUGUACCCGCAGAAGCUGGGCGACUUUGUCUUCAAGCAGGUACUGUACGCGUGCAACUAUGCCAUCACCAACAUCGUCGGUCAGCCGGUGUAUCGGCGCGGUACCGUACCGGCCAGUGGUUGCGUCACCGGUCCCAAUCCGGCCUAUCCCGGGCUGUGCAGCGACGCAGAGAAUGCACUUAUCCGACCGACACCGGAGUACGAGUGACGGGGAG